AUGCAGACGAAACAGCGGAAGGAGAACGGCGACAAGCCAGAGCCUUUUGUGGACAGCGCAUACCCGCACGCUGCUGGGUCGUCUGAGGCAUGCACAUGCUGCUAUCAGCCCCGCACCAGGCCGGGCAUACGGACCGUCGGAUUCGAAACUCCUCUCUCACAGAGCGGGACAUACAUGGGGUCAAAUCACAUCUCUACCAUCAAGAGACGCGCCCAGUCUGAUAGCAAUGCGCCCGCCACGCAAUUCUCCUCGUCACCACCGUGCAACACCUUUGUGGGAGCCAUCCAAUUGUCCCCUCUAUCGCGACGAAGCUCCCUCCCCUCCACGUUUUCACCAAGCCAAUCUUACCGGUGGUUUGGCCAGUCCAUCUCCGGGAUCACGGAGCGCGCUGCCAUUCUCUCCUUCCAUCCUACAUCUGGGACAUAG